AGUGAGCGUUGAGUGACUGACAACACGUGUUCACACAUUUGCCACACAUUUAACUCACAAUUCACUUGAUUUGUGUUUUAAUUGAAAUCAAUUUUGUAUUUUUUUUUAAUCAUAACUUAAUCCCAAGAAUUGGACACAAAAUGGCGGAACAAAUGCAACACAAGAUUAAGCAAAUGCUUCGGGGAAUCGAUCGCUACAAUCCCAACAAUUUGGGUCAUUUGGAGACAUAUGUGUUGAGACAAUCGUUGGACAACUACUAUGACUUGGAGGCAAAUCUAGCGGUCCUUAAGUUAUAUCAAUUC